AUGGCUCCAAAUUAUUUCCAAAAGCCGGAAGCAGCUUUGAAAAGAGCGGAAGAAUUGAUCCAAGUUGGAAAAGAAUCGGAUGCUCUCGAUACACUUCAUGACACUAUCAAAGCCAGAAGACAUAAACAAUGGACUUCAGUUCAUGAGCAGAUUAUGAUCAAGCACAUGGAACUUUGUGUUGAUUUCAAGAAACAACAUUUGGCGAAAGAUGCGUUGUUCCAAUAUAAAGCGUUGACUCAACAAAUCAAUGUGAAUUCAUUGGAAACUGUUGUUGAACAUUUUUUGUCAUUGGCUGAACAGAAAACCGAAGAAGCCCAAAAGCAAUCAAUUGAAAAAGUUGAAGAAAUUGGAGAUCUCGAUCAAGGAGAUAUUCCAGAACGUCUUCUUCUCGCAGUUGUCUCAGGCGCUGCUGCUCAAGAUCGUAUGGAUCGAACAGUUCUUGCUCCAUGGCUCCGCUUCCUUUGGGAUUCUUAUCGAAACUGUCUCGAAUUAUUGCGAAACAAUGCACAAGUUGAACAACUCUACCAUCAAAUCAGCAGAAAAUCCUUCAAAUUUUGCUUGAGAUAUCAAAGAAGAACCGAAUUCCGCAAACUUUGUGAUAUGUUGCGAAUGCAUUUGAAUCAAAUCCAAAAACAUCAACAUAUGCCACAUUCCUUCAGUGUAAAAUUGAGUUCUCCGGAAUCUUUGGCGCUUAUGCAAGAAACUAGAUUGUGUCAAUUUGACACAGCUAUUCAAAUGGAACUUUGGCAAGAAGCAUAUAAGUAAGUUCUAUUUUAUAUCUCAGAAUCAGAAUAAUGUUUUAUCAAAAUUUUUAUUCCAGGAGCGCUGAAGAUGUUCAUGGAAUGAUGCAACUUUCAAAAGACAAAGACAAGAGAACUGUGAAACCAUCAAGUUACGUUAACUACUACGACAAACUUUCUCUCGUCUUCUGGAAAGCUGGAAACAGCCUCUUCCACGCUGCCGCCCUUCUCCAAAAAUACAUCAUCUACAAAGAUAUGAAGAAACAAUUCACUCCAGAAGAAGCGCAAGAGCAAGCAUCUCGUGUGCUUUUGGCGACGUUGUCGAUUCCCGAGGGAUCGGAUGCCCCAUCAGAUUUGACAAGAAACCUGGAUAUUGAAGAUCAACACGUGGCAAAUAUGCGACUUUUGUCGAAUUUGCUGAGACUUCCAAUCGCUCCAACGAAAUCGAGCAUUUUGAAAGAGGCCGUUCGUAUUGGUGUUCCAGAAGCGGCGAGCUCGGCUGCCCGAGAAUUGCACAAAUUAUUGGAGAACAAUUUCGCUCCAUUGAGAGUUGCUACAGAUGUUGAAUCACUUCUCAAAGGUAUCACUAGACCAGAUCAUGCUCAAUAUAUUGAUGCUCUUCAAUCGGUUGCUGCCAUCAAAUCGCUGAAACAGGUAGGUUUCCCAGAAACCUUAUAAAUUAUGUUUACUGAUUUUGCUAAAUUUCAGAUCUCGGUAAUCUAUGAUUCUAUCAGCUGGAAGAGAAUUCGUGCCAUUAUCCCAUUCUAUUCUGAUUUGGAACUUGAAAGAAUUGUUGUUGAAGCUAGUAAACAUCGCAUUGUCAAAGUUCAAAUCGAUCAUAGAUCGGAUUGUGUUCGAUUUGGCGCGUCAGAUGUUACCCUAGCUGGAGGUGUUGAUCUUGAAGAGACUGAAGGUUUCACUGGAGACGAUACUCAACUUGGAGUCGAAGGUGUUCGCAAUCAUCUUGAGAUUAUGUAUACCAAACUUCGUCAACUUGUUGAUACUUUGGAUGGAGAUAAGAGACGGAAAGAAACUGUUGCUAGAAUUGAACAACACGUUGUUAAUUAUGAAAGAAAUCGGGCGAAUGAGGUUGAGAGAAUUCAACAAAGACGGAAGAAGUUGGAGAAUUAUAAGGAGAAUUGGGAACGUGUUAAGCAAGAGAAGACUUUGGCUGCGGCUACAGAAGCUGCGAAACGAGAAGAAGCUAUGCGUGCGGAUGAGAUGAAGAGGUUGGAAGAGCAAAAUAAGGAAUCGGAGAGAAAGAGAAAACAAGCGGAACAGGAAGAGGUUCAGAGAAAGAUCAAGCAAGAUCAAUUGCGGAAAAUGCAACAGAACGCGAUUUAUCAAGCGAUUAUUAAGGAGAAGGGAUUGGAUCAAUUCCAUGAUAUGGAUCCUGAACAAGUUUUGAGAGAGCAACGAGAACGAUUGGAUAAGGAAAGAGCUGAGACACAGAGAAGACUUCAACAACAGGAGAAGAACUUUGACCAUCAUAUUCGAGCUUUGCAUUUGGAAGAAAUGAUGGAGAGAAAGGCGGUGAUGAGUAUGAGAAUGGUUGAAGCACCGAAACUUCAUGAGAAGUAUGAGGAGGAGAGAAUUGCUAAAGAAAUGUGAGUUUUUUUUUAAUGAAAAUGGGGGAUUAUUCAAAAUUCAGCCAUAAUUAUGUUCAAAAAUUCCAUCGAAAUAUUCUAGUUUUGAUUUUCGAAAGUAAAAAAAAUGCUUUGUAAAAAGUUAAAUAUGAGCAACAUUUUUCAGAAAUUGUUUAAUCUGAGCAAUCCCUGCAUUUUUAUUCAUUGAAUGGCUUGGAAGCCCAGAAAUAAUUAUGGUCUAAAAUGAAAAUCACCUGAAUAUUUUAGUUUUGUUUUUAUAAAAUCACAAAAAUACACGGGAACUUGGAGUUUUUGCAAUUUUUAAAUGCUCCGUGAGCUCAUGAAAAAUUGCAAAACUCAAAAGCAACAGGGGGCUAGGUUUAUAUAAUGCAUUUUUUGAAUUUUAGUGGGCUCACGGAGCAUUUUUGUGAUUUUUUAAAGUCAAAACUGAAAUAUUAAGGUGAUUUUCUUUUUUUUUCUCCAUAAUUAUUUCUUCCGAGUCAUUUAAUGACUAAAAAUGAAGGCAAACAACUUUUUUCACUCAAAAAAAAUUCAAAAUAUGCUUUUUCCAGUGCCGCUCAUGAAAAGAAUGUGAAAAUCUGGGGACUCUGGGAUCAAGUUCGCGAAAAUGCGCUCGAUUGGAUGCAACAAGUCAAAGAAAACAACGCCGAUGUUUUCGAGCAGAAAAUCGCUGAUUGGGAAGCGAAACUCGUCGCCGUUCGCAAUUCUCGUCUCGCUGAACGCGCUGAACAACGGAAGAAGGAACGAAAAGAGAAGAAAUUGCGCGAAAAAGCUGAAGAGGAGAGAAAGAAGAAGGAAGAUGAGGAAAGAGCUCGACUUCAAGCAAUGGAUGAACAACGAAGAAUGCGCGGGGGAGAUCGGGGAGAUCGUAGAAGAGAGGCGGAGGAUUCGGUGGCGAUGCGAGAUAAUGAUUGGAGAAGUGGACCGAAGCGAGAAGCGCCUCCACCAAAAGAUCGCGAGCCAAUUCGACAACGAGAACCAUUGCGAGAAGUUGCUUCAUCUUCGAAAGCUGAUAAUGAUAAUCAAUGGAGAAGAAAUGCUGCACCAACACCACCAACUCGUGAGUUUUGCGGAAUUUGAUGAAAAAUAUUUGUUCAGUUUCUAAUGAAACUUGGAGAAAAUCCACGUUUUUUGAACCUAUAUUUCAUAUUUUCCAGAACGUGAUGGUCCACGUGACGGCCCGAGAGAUGGUCCGAGAGAUGGUCCAAGAGACGGUCCGCGCCGUGAACCGAUCAGAUCGUCGAAGGCUGAUACUGUUGACACCUGGGAAAGAGGAGCAGCUAAGCCGAAACCGGAACCAACUCCAGCUUGUGAGUUUUUGUGGGUUGAAUUUCAAUGGUAAUGGGAAAAUAUGGGGUUUUUUUGGUCAAUUGUGAUCUACAGUAACCUUUGAGCCUAUAGUAACCCUGAAAAACUAAAAUUUGGCGCGAAUGUUUUAGAGCCUACAGUAACCUUUCAAAAUUUCUGAUCUACAGUUUGGAUCAAUUUUCAACAAAAGUUAGCUGAAAAUGUAAAUUUAUCAGAAAAAGUCGCCAGAUUUAGGCUUAAAAUGAUUUUUUUUGUCAAAAUUACACCAAAUUUCUAAGAAAUCUGUAUUAUUUGGUCAAUUUUGAAUCGCUUUUGAGCAAAACUAUAAAAUUUCCCAAAUUUUAAGGAAUCUGCUAGUUUUGAUCAAAUUUUCUUACCAACUUUCGGUCUAAUUAUGACUUAACUAAUUUUGUAGGAAAAUUGGUCAGAAUUGCUUUUAAAAAAUUCAAAUUUUGAUUUAUAAAAUUAAAAAUUGGCAAAAAACCGUAAAUUCAUCUGAAACUGACCGAAUUUUGGUCAAAAUCGCACAAAUUUUCCACCUUUUUCCCUAUAAAAAUCCAUUAUUUUUGCAGCCAGUCAACAAGACAACAACACUCCACCAAAAUCCGACGGCCCCGCCAAAUUCAUUCCCCCACAAAUGCGCCGCAAUCAACCAGGAAAUGGUCCCGCUGGAAACAAUGGUCCAUCUCCAACCAGCGGCACAAACAAUGGUCCACCACCACGUCGUGAUUUCGGAUCCGCUCCAAAUCGCAACAGCGGCCCACCACCAAAUCGAAAUCAGAAUCGCAAUCAAACAUCUUCAGCUUCUGGCAAUGCUGAUAGUAAUAAUUGGAGAAAAUAA